AUGGAAGAAUUAAACAGGAUUGUGUGUGCUUAUUUUGCAGAAGUUUCAACCACCGCUACUACCGAAACCACUGCGUCCACGACGGAGGCGACAGCAACCGUGCCAACUGUAGGAAAUUUGAAUGCAUUGCCUCUAAACGACACCGCCAUUCGUGUGAGCUGGACCAAACCACGUCCUGAGAAUGAAUUCAAAGACGAGUACUACGUUACCAUCUCCAUUAAGGGUUAUAAGCGGAAAAUUGUAACCAGUUACACGUCGAUCAUCGUUGACAACAUGGAUCUUUCCAAGAUGAACAACAUCACAGUACAAGCUGUUUGGGCCAAUGGCACAGUUGUUUCCAAGGGCGUAUCAACCUCCGUGCAGAUGCCUUCUACUGAAGUUUCAACCACCGCUACUACCAAAACCACUAAGUCCACGACGGAGGCGACAACAACCGGUAAGCUUAAAUGUCCGUCUGAUCCUAUUGCAAACUAG